AUGUUUUAUCACGCUUACAACAGUUAUCUCUUGCAUGCUUAUCCUUUGGAUGAAUUAAAGCCACUCUCGUGCUCUGGAAUGGAUACAUGGGGAAGUUUCAGUCUAACACUUAUUGACUCAUUAGAUACUUUGCUCGUAAUGGGUAAUGAAACGGAGUUCAAACGUGCUGCUGAAAUUAUUUUAAACACUGUUGAGGUCAACACAAAUGUAAAUGUAUCAGUAUUCGAAACAAAUAUACGAGUGAUCGGUGGAUUGUUAAGUGGUCAUAUGCUUUCUGGACGGGUUAAAGGAAUGGCUUUAGAACCAGGUUGGCCUUGUUCAGGGCCUCUAUUACGAUUGGCUGAACGUUUUGCUCAAAAGUUAUUGCCUGCUUUCAAAUCGCUUACUGGAAUGCCUUAUGGAACAGUCAAUUUGAAGUAUGGUCUUCAUCAAAAAGAAACUGCUGUAACAUGCACAGCUGGGAUUGGAACUCUCUUGCUGGAAUUUGGAACUAUAUCACGUCUUACUGAAGAUUUAAGAACGAAAUGUCAUUUUUUGGGUAAUCCAUUAUAUGAACGGGUGGCUCUGAAGGCUCUAGAUUCGCUGUGGAAAUCACGUUCUCCUUUGAAUCUUGUUGGUAAUCAUAUCAAUGUGGAAACUGGAGAUUGGACGGUAACAGAUGCUGGAAUUGGUGCUGGUGUGGAUUCUUAUUUUGAAUAUCUCGCAAAAGCUGGUAUCUUCUUUCAGCGUGCGGAACUAAUGAAGCAGUUUAAGACAUACGUAAAGGCAAUCAAUAAGCAUAUUCGUAAAGGUGAUUGGUUUGUUUGGGUUUCAAUGACGACAGGACAAAUGUCAAUGCCUAUAUUCCAAUCACUAGAAGCAUUUUGGCCGGGUCUGCUAGCACUUACUGGAGAUGUUGAUGAUGCGCAAAGAAUUAUCUAUCAAUACGCUCAGAUAGUACGGCAGUAUGGCUUUCUACCAGAAUUUUUCAAUCUUCCUAAGCAAGAAGUGGUGUCAAAGCGUGCUGGUUAUCCUCUCAGACCAGAAUUUGUAGAAAGCUUAUAUUAUUUGUAUCGAGCUACAAAAGAUCCCUUGCUACUGGAAAUUGCUGCUGAAAUUGUUCAUGCUAUUGAGUUUAGUUGUCGGACUAAGUGCGGCUACGCUACAAUUACCAAUGUUGAAAAUCAUUCAGUUGAAGACAGAAUGGAAUCAUUUUUCUUAUCGGAAACUACAAAAUAUCUUUAUCUCUUAUUUGAUCCUGAAAAUUUCAUAAAUGCAAAUGGAACAGUUGCAAGAAUUAUUGAAACACCUAAUGGGCAAUGUAUCAUCGAUGCUGGUGGGUAUAUAUUCAAUACAGAAGCUCAUCCGUUAGAUCCUGCUAUUGUUUACUGCUGCAGCAGAAAACGGAAUAGGGAUUUGGAAAUGAUAUCACGUUUCGAGAAAAACAUUGAUCUUAUCUCACUGAUGAGAAUUUUUGAUGAUACGUUGAUCUAUCAUGGGAAAAACUCUCAUACAGAAGAUGCCAAUAAAAAAUUUGACCUUCGUCAUCUUGUCAGGACUGAUUUUCGAAAACAUUCAUCCUUGACAAACCCAUGGUUGUAUGAUUUUGUUACUACAUAUAACAAUAACUGCUUAGAUUGUAGCAUGCCCACUGAUAUCCAAACGAAAAAUGUAGCUUUUCGUCGUUUUUUGAAUGUCGCAUUUGCAAAACAUGUUUAUCCACUUAGAGGCACUCGUUUUAUUGUUGGAUUAGUUUGUUUACCGAAUGAUGGACUGAAAGCUGUCUACAGAAAAGACUGGCCAGAUGCUCGGGAAGUAGUUGUUGAACAACAGUUGGAUGCUGUGGAUGAAAUACGCCUGAAUAAAGGUUAUUUUCGCAAUACAAUGGAAAUGGAUUACAGUGCUCUUUUAAGUACUCCGGUUUCGUACUUUUCGAAAUUUACGGGAUCAGGACAAAUACUACCAAAAUCUGAUGAAGAAAUUUGUUGA